AUGGCUGAGUCGUCCCCGUCAUCUCGCCAGCCUCCGUCGCCCUGGACCACCAACUCCUCCACGCCUGUUUCACCCGCCGUGUCUCUCUUUUCUGCCAAGGGCCACACGCGGUUUUCCAGCUCGGUUUCGUCCCUGGUUUCAUCCCCAGGACACGGGAACUCGAUGGAGAGCUCGUCGCGGAAUCCCUUGACAGGAGUGAAGGAAGAACCCUGUGGGUCUCAGCCCAGGGACCUCGAGGAGGAUUAUUUCCAACACUUUGACCAAGGCCUGUCGGUCGCCGAAGAUUCAUACUACGCAUCUUUCGAUGCUUCUGACAGCUACGAUCUAACGGAUGCCGGCAUGGAUCUUACACAUUCGCCUAGGAAUCGACGUUCCGACAGUAUCUCCGCCCGGGGUCUUUCACGCAUCGGCUCCCGAAUCUCCACCAUCUCCACUCGCUGGAAGUCCAAACGUGCCUCCGAUGGCCUGGACGGUGCAGAUGUAUUCGCAACACAGCUGCGUUCCCGCACUAAUUCAGCAUCAUCCGCCAUAGCCAGUCCUACUACAGGUUCUUUCACUCGCGUCAACUCAAUGCAGGUUCCUCCCUCACCUGCCAGGACUAUCUUUGAGGAGGCCAUUAGCGAGGCCGGCACGCAACCCAUUGACAUCAGCAAAGCCAACCGGUACAGCCAGGAAGAGGAUUCGGCCCCUCAAGCAACGACUCCCCUACUGCCACCGUUCAUGGGCGAUGAACCAUCCUACCAGACCGCGUCCCGCGUCCAUUCUCCGUUACAAUCCCCUUCAGUAGCCGACAACAUGGUAGAUGAUGGCCCAGUUGUCUGCAGCGCUGUCGCAGAUUUGCGGUUGGCAGACUUGCCCUCGCCACCCCUCUCGUCCAAGCCAUCUGUCUCAUCAUUCAAUCGUCCACGAGCCAGUACGGUACGGACGGUCUCGGGAGACGCGCCUCCAUUCACGCUCUCCGACCCAAAUGACGAAUGGGCGAACAGACUCGGUCAUGCCAACUUUACCAUCCAACCGGAGCCUUAUGUACCCGAGACCUGUGACCUGGGAGCGUUUGGACAGCUGCGCGCAGAUUGGGACUUGGCUCAGUGCAACUUCAUGCGGCAUCUCGUCCGGACUGGUGAACAUUAUGGGGUUACUUCCACGAUCUACAAGCUCACAGAGGAGAAAUGGGAAUCCAUCAACCGCGAAUGGCGCCGCCAUCAUGAGGCGAUGCUGUCUGAGCUAGAGGUGACAGAAGGACCCCGUCUGAGUUUGAUGAAGUUCCACUGUGACCCUUGUGACCCGGUCAAGAUCCCACGCCUUCACGACGACAAGUUCCCCGAGCUGGGCGAUGGCGAGAUCGUGGGUCCUAUGAAAAUCGCCCCAGCAGCAAAUGGAUCCGGACUAUGUCGCACCCGUUCGUUAAAACGCAACUUUGUCAAGUUCUUCCAGGAUCUCGUUAUACGGUCCUGA